CGCGGGCAGCGCGUAGUCGGCCGCCGCGCUCCAGCCUCCGCCCGCACCGAGCCGCGGGACCCGGCCGCACCGGGGAGGGGCCGCUCCGGGCCGCAGCGCGAGGGCAGCGAGGGCGGCGGGGACCCGGCACCGGGCGCGGCCGGUGGCAGCGACCAUGAUCGCUUUGUUCAACAAGCUGCUGGACUGGUUCAAGGCCCUGUUCUGGAAGGAGGAAAUGGAGCUCACGCUGGUGGGGCUGCAGUACUCGGGCAAGACCACCUUCGUCAACGUGAUCGCGUCAGGACAGUUCAAUGAGGACAUGAUCCCCACCGUGGGCUUCAACAUGCGGAAAAUCACCAAAGGGAAUGUGACCAUCAAGCUCUGGGACAUUGGGGGACAGCCCCGUUUCCGAAGCAUGUGGGAGCGCUACUGCAGGGGAGUGAGCGCCAUUGUGUAUAUGGUGGAUGCUGCGGAUCAGGAGAAGAUCGAGGCCUCCAAGAAUGAGCUCCACAACCUGCUCGACAAGCCACAGCUGCAAGGCAUCCCGGUCUUAGUCCUCGGGAACAAGCGAGACCUCGCCGGAGCGCUAGAUGAGAAGGAGCUAAUCGAGAAAAUGAACCUGUCUGCUAUCCAGGACCGAGAGAUCUGCUGCUACUCCAUCUCCUGCAAGGAGAAGGACAACAUAGACAUCACCCUACAGUGGCUUAUUCAACACUCAAAGUCACGGAGAAGCUGAGACUGUGGAUCUUCUUCUGACCAGGGACCACAGUCACCUAACCUGAAGCCGAGCUCCCCGCCCACCCCGUUGUCUCCCCCUAAGCCCACUCCUCCUCACCCAGUGUGGGGAGGACCCUCUGGGGCUCCUAGAGCCCUGUUCUGCUGAGGUUUCAACUCCUGUUUUUAUUGUAAGAUAAUUGCCCUCUCCCCAAGUCUGGUCCCCUAACCUCUCUCCCUUGCUCUCUUUGUUCCUUCAACUACCCCACCCACUUCCCUUCCCCUCAACAGCCCUGCCCCCCUCGUCCCCAAAAGCCCUGUCCUCACUCUGGUCCACCCUCCUCUUCCCUUUUCAACACUCUGUUAUUGUCCUGUGUGUACAGUAUAUAUAUGUAUAUAUAUUUUAAUUUUUUAAUUUAAGCAAAGACUAAGAUCAACCAUUUGAUGCUGCAGGGGCCAACCAGGACCUGGGAGGGGCAAACUGGAAAGACAGAAAGAGAUGCAGGUUCAAUUAGGGGCAAAUUCAGAUGCGAAAGAGUGGAGGCUGCCACUUGGGGCAGGCACCAGCCUAGCCACCGGUGGUUGUGCCCAUGUCCUGUAGUGUCUGUCUCCCAGUGGAGAGCCUGAAUACGAAGGCCAGCUGGAGCCUCCUUUUCUGUCCCCAGCCUUGACAGGGCCACCAGGUACAACCAGGUCUGAGUGGGAGGACCAGGGUCCACACCGUCCCAGCAGCCUCCACCCUCGCUGUUCCUGGCCCCAGGUCCUGCCUCUACCCAGGGUCCCCACCUCCACGGCCCAUCUCAUUUUCUGUUCCCAUUUCACAGAGUUGUACAAGGAGAGAACUCAGCAUGGGGGGGAGGGGUUGGUUCUUCAGUUUUGUUGGUUGGUUUGUUUGUUUAAUUUAAUAAUUUGUAAAGUGAUCCUCUCCCUUUUUACACUCUUCAGCUCAUAUUUAACCUCUGUUUGGAAAAAAAAAAAACGAUCCUCGUAACUGUACAUUUUUUUUUUCCGCCUCCUAAUAAUGACAACAAUAAAUUACCAAUUUUGUGUUGG